UUUAAAUUUCAUGGUUUUUAUUCUUUUAGGAUCUGUUUUAGGAAUUUAAACUUAAGGUUUUUCAAUGAAAUUAUUUUUCGAUUUUAUUUUUUUUUCACUUUUAAGCAUCAUAAAAUAGUUUGGGAUCAUUCAUAAUGCUUCAGGAGAAAGAAAAUAAUCAGCCAGGAACUUUGUUUGAUAUAGUUGUUCGUUUUGUUUCAAUAAACGCGGAAAAUAUACAAAGUUUAAUUGGCUUCCCAGAGGAUGUAGGAAAGAAGAUAUUUGAUCAGUUUAUACAUCUAAAUGAAUAUGCAGUAUAUCCAAGUGAUCAUCAAGUGAAAAUCUUGUCCUGUUUUGAAGAGGCUUAUAAAGAAAUUAUUUUGGAAUCCAUGGCUUUAUCUGAUAAUUUAAUUGUUUUUAAUGAAUACUUUGACUCAUUUCUCAUACUAUUUCAAUUCAUAAGUGAAUUAUGCAUGUGCUUUUGUUAUCUAGGAGAUAGUCAUGAAUUUUUUGAACACUUGCAAAAUAUUAGUUUAUUAAAGAAAUUAUGUUUAAAGGGAAACUGCUUAAAAGAUACAGUAAUUCGAAAAAUCACACUUCCCAUUAGAAUGUUCAAUAAAGGACCUAAAAAUGUGGAAUACUUAGAUUUAUCUGAAAACAUGUUUACAGAUGAUAUCAUAGCUGGCCUAUCAGUGUUUCAAAAACUUCAAUGUUUAGACCUUAGUGGAUCAAAUCUUUCUAGUAAAGGUAUACGCAAUCUUGAAAGAAAUUGCUCUUUGAAACUAAGCUCUUCUGAAACUGAGUCCUUCAUACAUCCUGUUGGCACCAAAGGAUGGGCCAUUCCACUGAUAGAAAAAUGGUGUGAUGUUUGCAGAUUAAGAAGAAAAAAUCGUGACAUUAAAAAACAGAAUUUAUAUUAUUCAAAAAAAAGGUUUCUGAUGGCUAAAAAAAGCAUUUCUGAAUCUUCUUCUACAAUUCAGUUUUCUCCUAUCAAGCUUGUAUUUAUAAGACAGACACUCAUUGAAGAAAAAGUCAACGACAAAUUUGCAUAUCCAAAUGUAUCCAAAUCACUUCCAGAAAAGGUGACAGUGUCUUAUCAGAAAGCUAUUGAAGAAGAUAUAUUUGCUCAAUAUAUCUGAAUUUCUUAGAUUUAUUUGGUAGAAGUAAUUCUACUACAAUUAUAUCUUAAAACAUUUUAAAUUCUUUUGUAGUUUUGAAAUUGAUCUUUCUCUUCCCAUCAUCCCUCCCACCCCCACCCCCAAAAAAACUUAUAUUCUCUUUGUUAAAAAUAGAAUCAUGCAGCUUUUUAGAUUUCUUAAUAUAUUUUAUACUAUACUGCUUUUAAAAAUAUUUUUGAUAUAAAAUUGAGUGUGAAAAAAUGGUAAUUAUUGCCAAUUUUAAUUGUGAUGAAUUUUUUUAACAUUAAUGCUUGAAUAUAAUAGUUUUGAACUGGUCCUUCAAAAAAAUAGGUUGAUUAUACAGAGUGAUUCAUAUUGAAUCAGUCAAAAACAAAGCAAUUCUAUGAAUGCUAGAAUUUAUUUUGUUAAAUCCAAUUUACCAUGAAGCUAAAAGCCUUGCUGUUCUAUAAGUGCCCCUCCAGGGACGUGAUAAAUGUCUAUCCAGUAUUAUCCAGCCAUACUUGUGAUAAAAUAUCCCCUAUAAUAAAUCUAGCAUGUCAAUUAAUACAUGCCAGAACACAUUUAUAGUUUGUAGGAAAUUUACUGUUUCUGAUUCAGUAUAUUUUUCACAGAUAUAAUUUUUUCUAUGA